UACACACACAUGAACACACUCCGUAAUCAGAUCGUGUUAUAAUACUGUUUGUUGGAGUGUUUGUUGUGUGGUAACAGCGGCAGUUAUUCAAAUUGGUUGAGUUUAUAAUGUCUCUAUGGGCUUAAUCUGAACAGUGGUAUAGUGCUGGGCAUGAAGACUCCUCUGAGUCCGGCACAGCUGAUGGAGAACAGCCCUCCGCUUUUUCCUGUCACAGAGCUGAAGGACGGAAUGGCGGACGUUUCCACACAGGAGAGAAAGAAGCUCCUGUAUUCGCUCUGCGAAGUGUGUAACAUUCAGCUGAACUCAGCUGCUCAGGUUCAGACACACUACAACGGGAAAUCCCACCAGCGCAGAGUCAAACAGCUCAACAAUGGAGAGAGUCCACCAGCCAGCAACAGCAUCCCAAAUCCUCUUUCCACGACAAUUACAAGCAGCAGCACAGGAAGUUCAUGCCAUAGUAACACACUCCCGGCUCUUGUGCGUACACCUCCUCUGAUGAUGCAGUCCACGCUGGACAUGAAACCCUUCAUGUCUUUCCCCGUGGACGGAUCGUCCCCCGUCGGUCUCUUCGCCAAUUUCAGCACGAUGGAUCCCGUCCAGAAAGCCGUUAUCAAUCACACGUUUGGGGUCUCCAUCCCUCCGAAGAAGAAGCAAGUGAUCACGUGCAACAUCUGCCAGCUCCGCUUUAACUCAGACAGCCAAGCCGAGGCACACUACAGAGGGAGCAAGCAUGCCAAGAAGCUCAAAGCACAAGAGUCCACGAAAACUAAACAGAAAGGUGGAGCAGGCGCAGACAACGGCUCCAAGCUGAUCAGCACCUCGGCUGUAUCAGGACCUGCCCCUGCACCUAACCCUGCCCCUGCCCCUGCCCCUGCCCCUAGCCCUGCCCCCAUUUCAACUGCCAUGGUCAAUGACAGCACCAUAGACCAGUCAGAGAAAAGUGCAGAACAGCCCAGCACUCCAAAAGCCCCCGCCUCUCCACAUUUCUUGGUGCCUGCCUCUCCGUUAGUAUCUGCCCCCUGUAAGCCAUGUCCUGCGCUCUCGAGCUCACCGGCAGAGCACAAAGCCAGCCCCAAACCGAGCCCGGCUGAACCAAGUGCAGAAUCCGAGGAGGAAAAAGCCAAGAAACUGCUCUACUGCUCACUGUGUAAAGUGGCUGUCAACUCCCUGUCGCAGCUGGAGGCUCACAACACAGGUUCAAAGCACAAAACCAUGCUGGAGGCGAGGAACGGAGCCGGCCCCAUUAAAGCCUACCCUAGACCUGGCUCCAAACUCAAAAUGCAGGCCAACGUUCUAAAGGGUUCGGGAUUACAGAACAAGACGUUCCACUGCGAGAUCUGCGACGUCCACGUCAAUUCAGAAAUCCAGCUCAAGCAGCACAUCUCCAGUAGAAGACACAAAGACCGGGUGGCAGGCAAACCUCUGAAGCCCAAAUACAGUCCUUACAACAAGCAGCAGCGCAGCUCCAGCUCCCUGGCAGCUAAGCUUGCUCUUCAGAAGGACCUCGUGAAACCCAUCUCCCCAGCCUUCAUCUCUACUCCGUUCUCCUCCACCACGAUUCCGUCCAUCUCGCUCCACCCGCGCCCCAACACCUCCAUCUUUCAGACUCCGGCACUGCCAGCCUCCUUCCUGCGAGGGGCACCGGGACCCAUCCGGCCCUCCAGCAGCUCCAUCCUCUUUGCCCCAUACUGAGUAAUUCUGAGUGGCGAGAGGCUGAUACUUUCCAACCUCUGACCUUUGACCUCUCAGGCAUGGAAUACUCAAAGACAUGUUUUUUUUUUUUUUAAUAGGAAACUUUUUGAUGGUCCAAGUCCUCAUGUGCUACGGGAGGAAGAGUGUUUUUGGAUUCUUGUAGAAUUGAAAAAAAAAAAAAAUCCUCUUCCUCUCAAUGGUCCAAGUUUUCAUGAGGUGCUCGGGGUGUGGUUGGAAAUAACUAAAAAAAACCCUGCUUCCUGAUUGACUUGAAUGAUCGUGGUCUUCCUCUUCAAUGGAACAGACACUUCUGGAAAUAAAGAAAAUAAAAAAGUUUAACAAUCACGAACCUACAACAAUCAGAUGCUACGUGUUGCGUUGAGUGGCUCGAUGUGGUCAGGGAAAGUGUGCUGUCUCGUAUCGUGUAGUCGAUGAUGCUAUGAUGUCCUAGACUUUGUCCCUCUUCCACGUUUAGUCUUUUUUUUUUGUUUCAUUUUGUCUUUUUUUUUUUUUUUUUAAUGUCGUUGUGUAGUUUCUUUAUUCAGCCUCUGAAGGAAAUUUCAUUGGUGACUCAUCUCCUUCACACACGCACACUAAAAAUCCUAUUUUCAUUGAAAUGAACACAGACUCAUUUCUUUAUAUGGAGCUAUCACAGAGUCCCCAUUUUAAUUUUCAUUCUAACAAUUCUUCAAAACUAGUCAUUUUGAAUUAUUUAGAUUUUCUUUUAUUAAAAAAGACCCACAGGGUUCCCAUCUCUUGUUUCCUCAGUUCUUACACACACUAUUACACCAGAGCUGAUGCUGAUUUCUAUCUUCAUUUUCCUUUUUAUUUUGAAAACCCUGAAAAACGAUUAUGUCCAUAUGUUGUAUUUUCCAGACAAUAAUUCGCUCCACAUAAGACACAAUCCGGUAAAUGCUCUCUGCUUAAGACAGCUUUAUGAUUUUGUGGUUAACACAUUUGUCCCACACCUACAGGUUUGAUUCCUGUCUCUGCCCAAACUCCACAUUCUCCCUGUGUUACUCCCACAGUCCUCAACCAGUCCCCAGGCUCCCCAUGACCCUGAAAGCCUGACAAAAUUCUCAUGUCAUAAAAUAAUUUUUUGGUCUUGAGUUAAACGCAUAAUGCAACAUGCUCACCAGUGGCCACUGCUUCUUGUUUAAAAGCCACCAACUGAAGGACAGCAUACUGUAGUAUUACUAUUUUACUGGUACAAAUAUCAUAAAAUGAUUAUAAAAAUGGAACAACUGCUAAAUAUAUACUGUAAUACAGAUGUGUACAAAUGUGAUAGUAUAGCUUCACAUACAGUAACAGAAAUUGCUAUAUAACUUACAUUUAUGGCAUCUGGCAGACACCCUUAUCCACAGCAACUUACAUUUCAUCUCAUUUUUUAGACAACGGAGCAAUUGAGGGUGUAGGGACUUGCUCAGGGGCCCAGCAAUGCAGCUUGAUGGACGUGGGAUUUGAACUUGUAACCUUCCAAUCAGUAGUCCAACACCUUAGCCCUAACCCCCAACUGAUUGGUUUGUUAUACAAACCAAGGGCCUGGAUCACACUGAAUGACGAGGUCAUAAUUUUUGUUAAUCACAGCUCUAUCAAUAACAGACCUCCAAUCAUGUAAUCUGACACGAAGAACAUCUCACACAGUUAGAUAUAGAAUUUGUAAACCUCAUGAUGCAGCUUUUAAGAAGGAGUCAAUAAAUAUUUGCAUUGUCCAACUAGUGACACUAAUUUCCCUAACAUGUUUAGCUUAGUAAUGUUUGAUAUUGCUUUAAAAUGGUGGUUUAGUGUAUUCUCUUGAUGUAGUCCAGUUUUUUUUUUGUCCUGGGUGCCGUCAGAACUGUAUUGUUUCCUGGUCAUUCUCUCAUCUCUACACUGAGGCUAAUUUUAUGAUGGAAAAUUCCUACGCUAUCACCAAGCUAAUGUUAAUUUAGCACAAGGGGCUGAGCCCUGGCAGUCUCUAAGUCCUGAACCCUGCUGUUCCAUUAUCUGAAAUCAGCCACAUGUUCUGUUUGCUAACUCUAACUAGCCUGCAUUAUUUAUUUGACAUUUUAGCUGAAAUUAAAAAGUUAGCUAGCUAAUAUCACUGUAAAAUAAUAGCUCUAUAUCCUAUAGCUAGCUGGCCAGCAUUAUCAAGACAGGUAAUUGAAAUGCUUUAAUCAAUUAGCAGGCAAAAAAAAGUAAAACAGUUUACACUAAAAGGGGUGUCAGAAGGGUAGCUAAGCAUAAAGCUAGUUAGCUACAGUAGCAAGGCAUCAUCUUCAUAGCCUAAUGAGCUAGCUAGCUCAAAACUGUAGUCCUCUGGCAAACAGACACGUGUACCUGAUGAAAAACCCCUGUAAAUAGUGCUAAUACAGUCAGAUCCUGGCAUAUUUCAUGGAUUUCUGCUAUAUAAAUAGCAGUGUUAGCACUCAGGCAAGAGAAAUGUCUCUUAUCGUCUGGAAAAUACAGUAAAAUUAUUUUUACACACACACCGUAAAUAUACAUUUGAUUCUAUCUUGUUUCCCAAUUUUUAUUAUAAACUCCUGGGCUCAUAUUCAUGAAAAUUCUUAAUUCUUAGAAAUGUGGUUGUUUCCCCUUAAAAUUAAAGAGAAGGUCCUAAAUAAAAGUUGUUAUAAAAACAUCUUAACAUUAAACCAUUAAAAGAGCAUCUAAUCCAUAUAACCAUUAAAAGAGCUUUUAAGGGCAAAAAGUGUUAGGAGUCGUGAGGAGGACUUUUAAGAGGUUUAAGAGUUUCUUUAUCAGAGGAGAAAAUGGCCGAAAGGUGAAAAGGGAGAAGAAAUGUAUUGUAUACAAUAUUUAAUAAUGAUAGUGAGUUAAUAAGAGGGUACAGAUUAGAUCGUGUAAGGAUUAUUUUUGUGACCAAUCAGAUUAAGAGAUUACAUCUUAGACAGCACAGAAAUUACAUUAUAUAUAUGCCGUGUCUGAGAUGUUAUAUAUAUUUAUAUAUAUAUUUAUAUAAUAUAUAUAUAUUGUACCGCCAUGUCAUUUAUAGAUACCAUAGUGUCAGAAAUAAUAUAAUUUGUCUCUGUGACAUUUCUGCACUGUGUCAGAGAUGUUUACAUUUGCAUUACAUUUAUUACAUUUAUAACAAACAGAUUUUAGCGCAUCGCUAAUAUGAUCGGACACAAACGUAAUCCCUACACGAUAUAGUCUCAAAUAUCUUAACAUAUAGACAAUGUGAAGGUUUAUAAUAGACCAUAUUUUAAAAUCGCUCCUAUUAUUUUUUGUUAUUGGACAACCAAUCACAGUCUUCAAAAUAAUGUGUCAGACCUAGUAACAGGUUUAGCCCCGCCUCUUCUCUAAGAUAAAAGUUGUUGUAUUUUUCUUGAGAUUGGUCCAGAAUCACUCUUAAGAUAAGAUUUAAGCUAAAUUAAAAGCUCUCUGCGAUCAUUCUUAGAAUCUUUAUGAAUACGGGCCUAGAUGUAAGAGUUAAACCCACUGUUGUUCAUUUCUGUGUAAGAUCCUCAUUUGGACCUACACUGCACUAACUCUGCAGCUCUAACAAUGCAAUAAUGUACAGAAAGUUCGCUAUCGAUAUUCUCCGUAGUGUAUUUAAUGUUUACCUAAAUUGCAAUACUUGUACCUAGGUUGCAAUACUUGUUGUAUUUUAUGGAGUGGAGGAGGUGCUAAGAGACAUAGAUACAAUUUAUUUGUAUUUUUAAAAAGAAAUUCUCUGAAAAAGAGAAAACCCUUAUUCAACAGAGAAUUCUUUAUAUCAUAGAUCAUGAUAUGUAUGUAUGAGAGGAUGUACAGAACAAUAUUUCUUUUUCAAUAAAAAUAAUAUAUUUGAAUGAUUUU